AUGGCUCGUGCUCCUCCGCUAGCAGCAGUGGUAGUGGCGGUGGCUGUGGUAGUGGCCAGCUCGCUUGGGCAUGGGGCUUCUGCGGCCGAGCCUCCGGUGGCACGUGGUCUGUCGUUCGACUUCUACCGGCGGACCUGCCCGCGGGCGGAGUCCAUCGUGCGGGGCUUCGUCCAGGACGCCGUUCGCAAGGACAUCGGACUCGCCGCGGGCCUCCUCCGCCUCCACUUCCACGACUGCUUCGUGCAGGGCUGCGACGCCUCCGUGCUCCUCGACGGCUCGGCCACGGGGCCGGGAGAGCAGCAGGCGCCGCCCAACCUCACGCUCCGCCCAUCUGCCUUCAAGGCCGUCAACGACAUCCGGGACCGGCUGGAGCGCGAGUGCCACGGCGCCGUCGUCUCCUGUGCCGACAUCCUCGCGCUCGCCGCCCGCGACUCCGUGGUCGUCUCUGGAGGGCCCGACUACCGCGUGCCGCUCGGCCGCCGCGACAGCCGCCGCUUCGCCUCACGGCAGGACGUGCUGUCUGACCUGCCGGCGCCCUCCUCGAACGUGCCGUCGCUGCUCGCCCUGCUCCGGCCCCUCGGCCUCGACGCCACCGACCUCGUCACAAUCUCCGGCGGCCACACCAUCGGGCAGGCGCACUGCUCCUCCUUCGAGGACCGCCUCUUCCCGCGCCCCGACCCCACCAUCAACCCCCCCUUCCUCGCCAGACUGAAGGGGACGUGCCCUGCCAAGGGCACCGACCGCCGCACCGUGCUGGACGUGCGCACGCCCAACGUGUUCGACAACCAGUACUAUGUCGACCUGGUGAACCGGGAGGGGCUCUUCGUCUCCGAUCAGGACCUCUUCACCAACGACAUCACCCGGCCCAUCGUCGAGCGUUUUGCGCGGAGCCAGCGAGACUUCUUCGAGCAGUUCGGCGUGUCCAUGGGCAAGAUGGGCCAGAUGAGGGUGCGCACCAGCGACCUGGGAGAGGUCCGACGGAACUGCUCCGCCGGCAACCCCGGCCCCGCCGCCGCCGACGAGCUCCAGUGGCCGUCCCUUGUGCAGACCAUCGUCGAUGCAGCCGCAGAAAGGCUUGGCUAG